UUGGACUAACUAGCUCUUUUAUCGGAAAAAUUGAUGUCGUUUUUGGGACGUUGGGUCCUGCAGCCGCAGCCGCAGCCGCUUAAAACCGGCGGCCACGCGGAGAAAUACAAAGGCUUCUUCGCUUUCGUUUCCUAAUGAGCUCGAGUUUAGGAGUCUUUCUCCGUUUUUCCGUUUGGUCUCUCUCUCUCUCUCUCUCUCUCUCUCUCUCAACUAAUUAAUUAAUAAUAACUCCGUCACCUCCCGGGCAACACCACGAGUUCAUCGGACCACCCACCCACCCUCCAUAUCCGAUGCUGUAGUCGUCCCUCCGAUCGCGGAGCCUCAAAAGCCCUAGAUCAGACCUCCCACCUUCGUCCGCUCCCGCUGAUCUGAGCUCGGACCGGUGGAUCCUCCAAGGUUUCAGUCUUCUGGAGCUUGAUCCACUGGAUCGGAGAUGCCUGUGGCUGCUUCAGCUAUAUACUUCUUGAAUCUACGAGGCGAUGUCCUCAUCAAUCGCCUCUAUCGCGACGACGUCGGGGGAAAUAUGGUGGAUGCCUUCAGAAUGCAUAUAAUGCAAACAAAAGAACUGGGUACAUGUCCUGUGCGGCAGAUUGGGGGUUGCUCUUUCUUUUACAUGAGAAUAAGCAAUGUUUACAUUGUGAUUGUUGUCAGCAGCAAUGCUAAUGUAGCUUGCGCAUUCAAGUUUGUUGUUGAGGCUGUUGCAUUGUUCAAGUCUUAUUUUGGUGGGGCAUUUGAUGAAGAUGCCAUCCGUAAUAAUUUUGUUUUGAUCUAUGAGCUGUUAGAUGAAAUUAUGGACUUUGGUUACCCUCAAAAUCUUUCUCCAGAAAUUUUGAAGCUUUACAUUACUCAGGAAGGAGUACGCUCACCCUUCUCAUCCAAGCCUGCAGAUAAACCAGUACCCAAUGCCACGUUACAAGUUACAGGCGCUGUUGGCUGGCGGAGAGAAGGUCUUGUUUAUAAAAAGAAUGAGGUGUUUUUGGAUAUUGUGGAAAGUGUUAAUCUUCUUAUGUCCUCCAAAGGUAGUGUUCUGCGCUGUGACGUAACUGGGAAGAUUCUUAUGAAGUGCUUCCUCUCUGGAAUGCCUGAUUUGAAGUUGGGUUUAAAUGAUAAGAUUGGGCUUGAAAAAGAGUCACAAGUCAAAUCUCGUCCCACAAAAAGUGGUAAAACUAUUGAGCUCGACGAUGUUACGUUUCAUCAGUGUGUAAAUUUGACAAGGUUUAAUUCAGAAAAGACCGUCAGUUUUGUGCCUCCCGAUGGGGAAUUUGAAUUGAUGAAGUAUCGUAUCACCGAGGGUGUAAAUCUUCCAUUCCGCGUAUUGCCAACAAUUAAAGAAUUGGGACGAACACGCAUGGAAGUAAACGUCAAGGUAAAGAGUGUUUUUGGUGCAAAAAUGUUUGCACUUGGUGUAGUGAUCAAGAUUCCAGUGCCGAAACAAACUGCCAAAACAAGUUUCCAAGUUACAUCGGGUCGGGCGAAGUAUAAUGCGGCUAUAGAUUGCUUAGUCUGGAAGAUAAGAAAAUUUCCUGGGCAAACUGAACCAACCAUGAGUGCAGAUAUUGAGUUGAUUUCCACAAUGGCAGAAAAGAAGUCAUGGACUAGACCACCCAUUCAAAUGGAAUUUCAGGUGCCUAUGUUCACAGCAUCUGGUUUACGCGUCCGUUUUCUGAAGGUCUGGGAGAAGAGUGGAUACAAUACAGUUGAGUGGGUCCGCUAUAUUACCAAAGCUGGCUCAUAUGAGAUUAGGUGCUAGAAACACAAGGGUGCUGCUGCUGUUGUACUUCUUUGAGGCCUUGUUGGGUGGAUGUGGGAACAUUUGCGGGCUAUUAUAGCUGGGUUGAGAGGAAUUACUGCGUAAGUUUUCCCUGUCAAUGCGGUGAAGUAGACCUGCAUUAUACUUGGAACUAUGCAGCGCACGUUCCGAAUUUCUUGUGUUGUUGAGACAGUUGCCAUUUAUCAUGGGCAAGUCCUGUCAAUAUUAUUAUUUGGAGUGGAAAUGUGGGUUGAUCUUGUAUUGUAAAGGCUAGUCCUUUGUUAUAGUGUGUGCAUUUAUUUUUUAUUUUUUUAUUUUUCUAACAAUGAAUUUUCUCUUGCAUUUUGCCAGAGCUACGUUUGUUGUUUCGACGUAUUUGUCGCUGAGAAAGAUUGCCAUUUGUCCUUA